GGGACUCGGGAUGGCUUCCAGCGACUCCAGGUUUCUGUGGCUCCUCAAGAUGUCAGUCUUAGUCUUAGCACUUGGCAUUAUUCUGUUCAUGUUCAGAAGCACGUUCCUUCAAGCAAGCUUCGGCAGCUUCAAGCCAGAGUCUCCGCAGCCUCAGCUGGGUGAUCCAGUGCUGAAACUUCUACCUGAGGAGCACCUUAGGCACCUUUUUAGCUAUGCUGGCAUCUGGCUCUUCCCUAAAAAUCAGUGUGACUGUGGUUCCAACAAUCAGAAAAGAAGAAACAACUUUGAGGAUGCCUAUAACAAGAACGACCUCCCAGCAGUGAUGACCAGGAGACAGGUGGAAUUCGAGCACUUUCAGAGGAGGGAAGGGCUGCCCCGUCCACCGCCCCUGCUGGCUCCACCCAACCUCCCCUUUGGAUACCCAGUUCACGGAGUGGAAGUGAUGCCUAUGCACACAAUUCUCAUCCCAGGCCUCCAAUAUGAAGGGCCAGAUGCCCCAGUCUAUGAGAUCACUCUGAGAGCUUCUCUGGGGACACUGAACACCCUGGCUGACAUCCCAGACAAUGUGGUACAGGGCAGAGGCCAGAAGCAGCUGACCAUUUCAACCAGUAAUCGGAAGCUUUUGAGGUUCAUCCUCCAGCAUGUAACCUACACCAGCACGGUGUACCUGCGCCACAAGGUGGACAUGGUGAGUUUGGAGUCCAAGUCCUCAGUGGCCAAGUUUCCAGUGACCAUCCACCAGCCUGUCAUACCCAAGUUAUAUGACCCUGGACUUGAGAGGAAGCUCAGAAACUUGGUGACCAUUGCUACCAAGACUUUCCUCCGACCCCACAAGCUUAAGACCCUGCUCCAGAGCAUUCGAGAAUAUUAUCCAGACUUAACUGUGGUUGUAGCUGAUGAUAGCGAGAAGCCCCUGAAAAUUGAAGAUGACUACGUGGAGUAUUACACCAUGCCCUUUGGGAAGGGCUGGUUUGCCGGUAGGAACCUGGCCAUCUCCCAGGUCACCACUAAAUAUGUCCUCUGGGUGGAUGAUGACUUUCUCUUCAACAACAAGACCAAGAUUGAGGUGCUGGUAGAUGUACUGGAGAAAACUGAACUGGAUGUGGUGGGCGGCAGUGUGCAGGGAAACGUGUUCCAGUUCAGGCUGUUGCUGGAACAGAGCAAGAAUGGGGACUGCCUUCACAGGAGGUCAGGAAGUUUCCAGCCCCUCGAUGGCUUUCCUAGAUGCACGCUGACCAGUGGUGUUGUCAACUUCUUCCUGGCUCACACAGACCGACUCCAAAGAGUUGGCUUCGACCCCCGCCUUCAACGAGUGGCUCACUCAGAGUUCUUUAUUGAUGGUCUGGGGACACUGCUGGUGGGCUCAUGCCCAGAGGUGAUUGUCGGUCAUCAGCCACGUAAACCAGUGGUGGACCCAGAGCUAGGUGCCCUGGAGAAGGCUUAUAGUACAUACCGGGCCAACACCAAUGCUCAGAUCCAGUUCAAGCUGGCUCUCUUGUACUUCAAGAACCAUCUCCAGUGCUCCACAUAA